CGAUCCAAAAUCAUAACAUAAGUUCUUUUAAAACAUUAAUUUUGUGUUCUCUGCUACCGAAUGUUAUAUAUAAAUCCGUAUGGUCACUUGAAAGAUGAAUAUCAAGAAGAGGUUUAAUGUAUCAAUAUUUCGAUGAUCCCAUAUUCCAUGUAUAUGAACAAUGUUGUGAUUUUUUCUGCCUCCUGCUCUCUCUGUAUGGGACUGAUGCUGCUUUUUAUACAGAACUUACGCAAGUGACUAGAACCAGUUUCGUUAUAUGGGUUGUAUCAACACUAUUUCCUUUGGAUUUCCUUUAGGAGAAAUACCAUUCUCUAUCACUUUUCAAAUCAGAGGAGGUUAAAUUGAGGAUUAUAUCAAAUUUUCAUGGAGAGUGGCGGAUAAGUGAUGGGCCUUGCAUCAAGAGCUCUUUUCUUACUUGGUUCUGUGGCGUAUUAACUAGAAUGUGAUAAAGAAUAAAAAGAGGUGCACCACCUUGAUUAUGAUACAUACUGUAUAGACAGGUAUUCUUGAGGGGACUUGUUCUCUGUUUUAUUUCCCUUCAAGUAGGAUUUCAAAUUGAAGAGGAACACUUAGGUGUAAGUUAGGCAUGCUGACUUGAGACAUGGCCAUGAAAGUGGCUACACAAAUCCAAUCGACACAGCUCAUUUCAUUUAGUCCAACCUUGUUUGGAUGAGUGAAUUACACAUCUCAUUCCAGGUCUCCCUUUGCUUCCAUGUUAUCAGAUUUAACAACCUCUGCUAAAAUUUGUAGGUGUCACUGCAAACCAGUUUUACUCUCAACCUUGGCAAUUUCUUCCCUUAGAUUGUUGAAUCUUUUGUCCAGGUCACACAAAUCAUACAGUAUAACUUUGCAUCUCUGGAAACAAAGAGAACAUGUUUGAUUGUGUUCACAGGGAGUCAACCAUCUUCUCAAAAGGGACAGAAAGAGUGAAGUUUGUCAGCUGUUGCAAUGAGCGGACGCGGGUGUUAUUGACUAGUGCUGCAUAUGUUCAUUUAAAGAGCCUAGAUGUCUCCAAGUACACUCGGAAUCUUUCCCCUGCAAGUAGGGCUAUAUUACUCACUGGACCCGCUGAACUUUAUCAGCAAAUGCUUGCAAAAGCUCUUGCACAUCACUUCGAAGCUAAGCUGUUAUUAUUAGAUGUAAAUGACUUUUCUCUAAAGUUGCAGAGCAAGUAUGGCAAUCUCAAAAAGGAUCCAUCUUUGAAGAGGUCCAUCUCAGAAGUGACUUUGGGUCAAAUGUCCAGUUUGCUUGGUUCCUUCUCAAUCCUGCCACCAAAGGAGGAGCCUAGAGGCACCAUACGCAGGCAAAGUAGUGUCUCAGAUAUAAAUUUAAUGAGUAGAGAAGGUUCUAGUGAUCCCCCAAAGCACCGUAGAAACACGUCUACUAUUGAUAUGAGCAGCAACAGUUCUCAGUUCUCUUCUUCAAAUCCAGCUCCUCUCAAGCGCAUGAACAGCUGGUCCUUCGAUGAAAAACUUUUCUUACAGUCACUUUUCAAGGUUCUGGUUUCAGUCUCUAGAACCAGCUCCAUGAUUCUCUAUGUCAGGGAUGUUGAGAGAACUCUUCUCCAUUCCGGAAGGCUAUGUAAAUUGUUUGAUAGGAUGUUGAAGAAACUGUCAGGAUCAGUCCUAAUACUUGGAUCCCGGAUAUUGGACUCAGAGGAUGACUGUGGGGAAAUGAAUGAGAGACUCGCUCUUCUAUUUCCUUACAAUAUUGAGAUCAAGCCACCUGAUGAUGAGACUCAUCUUAUAAGCUGGAAGGUCCAACUGGAAGAGGAUAUGAAGGCAAUGAAGUUUCAGGAUAACAAAAACCGCAUUGCUGAGGUACUCGCAUCUAAUGAUCUUGAUUGUGAUGAUCUAGGUUCCAUUUGCCAAGCUGACACAAUGGUCCUCAGCAAUUACAUAGAAGAGAUUGUAGUAUCCGCAAUAUCUUAUCAUCUGAUGAAUAACAAGAAUCCAGAAUACCGAAAUGGGAAGCUUGUUAUAUCAUCCAAGAGUUUGGCUGUUGGACUGAGUAUCUUCCAGGAAGGAAAAGGGGGUAGGAAGGAUACACUCAAACUAGAGACCAAUGCUGAAUCUUCCAAGGCCUCUGUGGGGGAAGAGGUCAUUGGCUCAAAACCUGAUGAGAAGUCCGAGUCCAUGCCAUCUGAAAGCAAAAGUGAGACAGAGAAACCAGUUCCUUCCGGAAAAAAAGAUGGUGACAAUGCACCUCCAAAAGCACUGGAAGUUCCUCCAGACAAUGAAUUUGAGAAACGUAUAAGGCCAGAGGUUAUUCCUGCAAAUGAGAUCGGAGUGACAUUUGCAGAUAUUGGUGCCAUGGAUGAGAUUAAAGAAUCACUUCAGGAGCUGGUCAUGCUUCCUCUUCGAAGGCCAGACCUCUUCAAAGGCGGACUUCUUAAACCUUGUAAAGGUAUAUUGCUUUUUGGGCCUCCUGGUACAGGGAAAACAAUGCUGGCAAAGGCCAUAGCCAAUGAAGCGGGUGCAAGUUUCAUUAAUGUCUCAAUGUCAACCAUCACCUCAAAAUGGUUUGGAGAAGAUGAAAAGAAUGUUCGAGCUUUGUUCACGCUAGCAGCAAAGGUUUCUCCAACUAUUAUUUUUGUAGAUGAGGUAGACAGCAUGCUUGGGCAGCGGACAAGAGUUGGGGAGCAUGAGGCUAUGCGGAAGAUCAAAAAUGAGUUCAUGACACACUGGGAUGGGCUAUUGACAAGGUCGGGUGAGCGUAUUCUUGUUCUUGCUGCAACCAACAGGCCAUUUGACCUGGAUGAGGCAAUUAUUAGGCGGUUUGAGCGCAGAGUAAUGGUUGGUCUCCCAUCUGUGGAAAGCAGAGAAAUGAUCUUGAGGACUCUUUUAGCUAAGGAAAAAGCAGAAAACCUAGACUUCAAGGAGAUUGCAACCAUGACAGAAGGAUAUAGUGGAAGUGACCUAAAGAAUUUAUGCGUCACAGCAGCUUAUCGACCUGUUAGGGAGCUGAUACAACAAGAGAGAUUAAAGGAUAUGGAAAAAGGAAAGCAAAAAGCUGAAGAAGGGCAGGGCUCAGAAGACAAUUCCAAUACAAAGGAAGAUAAAGAGGAAAGAGUAAUUACACUUAGGCCGUUAAACAUGGAAGAUAUGAAGCAGGCAAAGAACCAGGUUGCUGCAAGUUUUGCUGCAGAAGGAUCUAUAAUGGCUGAACUGAAGCAGUGGAAUGACUUGUACGGGGAAGGAGGCUCGAGGAAGAAGCAGCAGUUAACUUACUUCCUUUAGCUUGUAGGUUGCUGGCAAUGGCAUUUCGUAUGCUCAUCAGCAUUGUUCUUCGUCGCGAUCCAGAAGGCCUCCACUCGAAACCUACUAGUACAUGACAGACGAACAAUGAGGAUAGUUAAAGAUCGAUUGCCCACUAUUUGAAUGAAGACAAGGUAGCCCAACAACACUCGGGCUCAAGUAUGAACUGGUCUGACGUAAUCGUGGAAGGGAUCUGUUUGACACGAGCAUGACUUGGUCUGACAUAUUGCUGAAGCGAUCUGUCAGAGGAGGGAAAGAGAGUUGCGGGUGUUCUUUCACCAAUUCAAAAACCCACAACUCAGUAUAAGGAUUGAUGUUUGGUUAAGCUUUUCUUUGUAGAUAUUUGGAAAUGCAAAUGGGAUUUCCAGAAAGGAGGAAUAUGUAUUAGGUUUGCUUUGCUUUGCCUUGUAUAGCGCAGGACAUGGACUGGACCUUCAUCCAAUAAUCAAUACCAUAUUUUGUGCAUUGCUCUUGUUUAAGGUUUGAUGUUAU